AUGGCGUCAUCGGGGAGAACAGACAAUGGGGAGGGACCGUCACAUCAACCGGAUCGGUCGACUCCUAUGUCAACCCCGGCUAAGCGUUCGGAAUCUCCUUCAACAGACGUCGGGUCAAGACAGGCCUCUAUUGCACGACUAGCUUCGCCAGUUCCUUCCCUUUCAACCUCAUAUUCAUCCAGACAAGUGCCUAUACCAAACCAGUCUACGACAGGGAACGGACAGGACCUCGGCCGGGUGGAUAAUCCAGCCUCGCUACCAGGCCCAGGACAGUCCAUGAUUGCAUCUGCGCUUCAGGAGAGUCUUGGUCGGUCACCCCCGAGACUUGGGACUCCACCGAGACGAACCGACUCCCCUGCCUUAUUGAGUCAGCCGGUGAGGUCAAAUUAUGGCUCAUUUGACAAUAAAAUAGGAAGGGAAGGCUCCAUAUAUUCAAAUGCGCCAUAUGAGGAUCCUGAGGUUGUGAAGAGACACCUCGUGCAACCGCAGAACGCUAUCGAAUCGAAUAGCUUUAGGGACAUCGCAAGCAACGCCGAUGAUGAAUUCUCUAGCUUGCAAUUGCAGGGAGGAGAUAUUACAAGACAGGUCUAUAGGUGGGCUGAGGAUGCCGAAGCCGGGAAUUGGGUACGAAAACAUCUGCGAAGUAAGAGUUUCAGUCUCAGUAGACCUACGCCGGAGGAGGAAACCAUGGACAUCAAUACCAUACGGGUCCCAGGAGGUUUCAGAAGAGACUUCAUACGAAGGACUGCCGGCAGCCCUCAUCCUGGAAGUACCGACGGCCGCGCAAAGGCGCCAGCGACUCAUCAUCAGCUCCAUACCAGCAGCUUCCUGGAGUUUCUCACCCUGUACGGUCACUUCGCGGGAGAAGAGCUGGAAGAGGACGACGAGGUUCUGGGGCCUGAUGAGUAUUUCUCCUCGGAACCAUGGGACGAAGCAGAAGACAGAGAACUGGGGGAGGAGUCCGCGUUGCUCCGACCAGAAACUCCUGGCCGAAGGAAGCGUAAACCAAAACCGCGCGGUGGAACGGGAACCAACACAACGAUUGGAGCAGCUCUACUUCUGCUCAAAUCAUUUGUUGGCACUGGUGUUCUGUUCUUGCCAAGGGCUUUCCUGAAUGGUGGGAUGUUAUUCAGCAGUUUGGUUUUGCUUGCUGUAUCCAUACUCAGCUUCUACUGCUUCAUCCUUCUGGUCAACACCCGCUUGAAGAUCGAUGGCUCCUUUGGUGACAUUGGUGGUGCUCUCUUUGGAAAACAUAUGCGCCGGAUCAUCCUCGGAUCUAUUGUUCUCAGUCAACUGGGAUUUGUCUCCGCAUACAUUGUCUUCACUGCUGAGAAUCUCCAGGCGUUCGUUCUGGCUGUCAGCAAAUGCAAGUCGUUCAUCGACAUCAAGUUCAUGGUGCUGAUGCAAUUGGUCAUAUUUCUGCCUCUUUCGCUAAUUCGUGACAUUGGCAAGUUGGGUUUUACCGCACUUGUGGCAGAUGUGUUUAUUCUACUGGGACUCAUCUAUCUCUUUUACUACGACGUUGCCACUAUCGCUUCGCAAGGUGGCAUUUCGGAUGUCAAAGCAUUCAACCCAUCCACAUGGACUCUUUUCAUUGGCACUGCCAUUUUCACGUACGAAGGGAUUGGUUUGAUUAUCCCAAUUCAGGAGUCAAUGAAGGAACCCCGUCGGUUCCCCGGCGUCCUUGCCGGUGUCAUGGUCCUCAUUACAAUUGUCUUCCUCUCUGCUGGUGCUCUCAGCUAUGCAGCCUAUGGCUCCGCGACGCAAACCGUGGUCAUUCUCAAUCUUCCUCAGGAUGAUAAAUUCGUGAAUACGGUCCAAUUUCUCUAUUCUCUGGCAAUCCUGCUGAGCACGCCCCUGCAACUCUUCCCGGCCAUUCGAAUCAUGGAAAAUGAACUUUUCACUCGCAGUGGCAAGUACAACCCCGGGAUCAAGUGGAAGAAAAACUGCUUCCGCUUCUUUCUGGUCAUGAUUUGCGCGUUUGUUGCCUGGGGCGGAGCGGAUGACCUUGACAAAUUUGUCUCACUCGUCGGCAGCUUCGCCUGUGUUCCUUUGAUUUACGUAUACCCGGUACGUCUCCAGCAACUGUAA